AUGCCGAUCAACAAGUUUGGAAUAUCGCUCGGAAGAAGUGGAACGGAUUCGUACUAUCAAUAUAGCGGAUUAAUUAGAAACUACGUUCGCGAUAACGCUCUUUGUGUGGUUGCGACAGAUUUUGAUGCAAAGUCAUGCAAAAUUCGACGCGUAGCGCUGCCUGUAGAUGAUGACGAUGCUGUCAACAAACGAGGCUACCACUACAUACUUACUGUUAUCGAUGUGCUGAGCAAGCAUGCAUGGGUCGUACCGCUCAAGGCCAAGAGCGGAUGCGAAGUUACUGCGGCAAUCGCAAAGAUAAUUCGGGUCGAUGGAAGAUGUCCGAAAAAUUUACAAACUGGCAAUGGAAAGGAAUUUUACAAUGCGAACGUGCAGAAACUCUUGAAGAAACAUAACAUUAACCAUUAUUCUACCUAUUCCGUGAUGAAGGCAUCGGUCGUCGAACGAUUCAAUCGCACGCUAAAGAACGAUAUGUGGAAGAUGUUUACAUUAAAUGGAAACUAUAGAUGGAUCGACGCACUGUCACGUCUCGUAUCAGAUUACAACGCGCGAAAGCAUCGGACUAUAGGUUACGCACCAAAUUGGUCGACGGAGGUGUUUAAAAUCGGCAAAGUACAGAAAACUAAUCCCGUGACGUAUAUACUGGAGGAUUCCUGUGGAAAACCCAUCGCUGGAGGAUUCUAUGAACACGAGUUACAUUGCGUAGCUAAUCCCGAUGUGUACCUCGUUGAGAAAGUGUUGCGGAAAAGAGGAAAUGAGGUUUACGUGAAAUGGCUGGGACUUGAUAAAUCACAUAAUUCAUGGAUAUGCACGGAUAAUGUUUUGUAA